UACAUACAAACACACACACACAGCUCAGAGAUAGUGGAGUGGGUGGAUUUUCUCAGAGAGGACAGGAUGGUUAUCUGUGCUCUUAUGAAUGUUUUUGUUGAGACACCGUAUGGAGAGGGAUAACACCACACACACACACACACACACACACACAGGUAUAAUAAUACCAGCAGCAUAAAUGAGAAGCGGACACAACUGUCUGCCAUACAGAAACAGACCCACAGAGACGGACAACAGACGACAGGGAUGGCAGGAGAUAGAGACAGAAAGACAGAGGCGUCUAUGGAGUUGAGAGAGGAGAGAGACGGAAAGAACGAGGAGCCAGCGAGCAGGGAGGCGGUGGAGGCCAUGCGCGUGUGUUACCAGGGCUUCGAUCCGGCCGCCUAUCUCCAGUUUAACUAUACGCCACCACGGGCAGACUUCCAGCGUGCGGACAGCAUCGUGCCCUGGAAACUCACCUGCCUGCACAGAGCCUUCACUGAGGGUGAUGUGCGGGGGGAGGUGCUAGUAGACGUGGGCUCUGGGCCGACCCUGUACCAGGUGAUGAGUGGCUGCGAGGUGUUUGGCCGCGUGGUACUGACCGACUUCCUGGAAGUGAACCGGCGCGAGCUACAGUACUGGCUGGCUGAAGGUUCCAGCAGCAGCCUGGACUGGACACCCUUCCUGCAGUAUGUCUGCCAGCUGGAGGGCAGGAAGCCAUCAGAGUCCAGUGAGAAGGCUGCUCGACUUCGCUCCGUGGUGAGUGAUGUCCUUCCCAUCGACGUGCACCGCUCGUGCCCUUUACCCCCAGACGCCGCUGUGCCAACAGGCGGAGCCGACUGCCUGGUGUCCUGCUUCUGCUUGGAGAGCGCGAGCCCGGACGUGGCGGCGUUCACGCGGGCCCUGGGGCACAUCACCUCCCUGCUGCGCCCAGGGGGCCACCUCCUGCUCAUUGGUGCCCUGGGGGAGAGCUACUACCUGGGGGCGCCAGGGCUGCGCAUCCCCGUGGUGCCCUUGGACGAGGCCCAGGUCUGCGCCAGCCUCAGGGUCAGUGGCUACCAGUUACUACAGCUCAGCAUCUACACCCUGCCUGUGGACAUGAGGGUGGGCGUGGACGACGUCACCGGCGUGUUUUUCGCCAAAGCCAGAAAACUGUAGUGAGAGGAAGGGGGAACAGCAGCUUAAGGCACACAGCUGGCAUUAAGAAAAAAAGAAAGAAACAGAAAGUCUGAGAUGGAAAAUACUAUUAUUUAAUUACUAUUAUACUGCUAUAAAUACUAUAUCAUACUAGUUGUGAAUAGGUGAGAAGGCUGAAUACAGAAAGAUAGAGGCCUAAAGAAGGAGAGCGUGAAGAUUCAUAGCUGAUGUUCAUCCUUCACAUAUAUUCUAGGUAUUCUACACACAAUGUAAUGCUAAUUGAAUAUACAACUUGUAUUUCUUAUGUAGGUGAAAGACUUGAGCAUUAAUGUAUAUUAAAAGGAUUGAAAAGUCUGGAACUCUUAAUAGUAGCCUAAUGUCCUUCCUGUGGACAGAUUUUUGCAACACCAAAUAAAACGUAUAUCUUUACAAUGGCAAAUACAUUAAGCUUUAUUUUACUAUACCAAAUAAACAAAAUAUAUAUUCAAAAACACAAUGACUCUAU